AUGGAAAGGCCACAUAACAUUAUUUGGUUCUGCUUUGGUUUCAUUGAAAAGCAGCCUCUGCAUGCUGCAGAGAAGUGGGGGCAGGUUGCAGCAGGCAGGAGAAGAGAUGUAGUGCCUCAGACCAUAAGGCAGACUCUCCAGAGGACCCUGCAGCAUUACGAGCAUCAGGCAGUUGGUUACAGGGAUGCAGAAAAGAACUUCCACAAUAUCUCUAACCGAUGCUCCUAUGCAGACAACUCUGGCAGCGACGAAACUGAAGACGUCUCAGGAAUUCUCCAGUGUACAGCAAAUAUACUCGGCUUGAAGUUCGAAGAACUGCAAGAGAAAUUUGGGGCGGAAUUCUUCAACAUCUGCUUUGAUGAGAAUGAACGAGUCCUCCGGGCGGUGGGAGGCACCUUACAAGAUUUCUUUAAUGGCUUUAAUGCCUUGCAUGAACACAUCAGGACUUCUGUUGGAAGGCAGGCCACCUCAGAAUCCCCUUCUUUCCUAUGCAAAGAGUUCCCUGAUGGUAAACUUAUGCUCCACUACUUCCACCCCCAUCAGAUAGUUGGUUUUGCCAUGAUGGGUAUGAUUACAGCAGCAGCGAGGAAGAUCUACCAACUGGAAGUUGAAGUGGAGCAGAUUGCAAGUGACGAGCCGUGCUCCGAGGACUCCAACCCGGGCAACUGCAGCUGCCUCACCUUUAUUAUCAAAGAACGUGAGAAUGCAAAUAUCACAAAAGCGCUUCCUCUGGGGACUUCUCAGUCCCCGGCAGACUUGAGGAUAAGCAUCAGUACAUUCUGCAGAGCUUUCCCCUUCCAUCUGAUGUUUGACCCCAGCAUGCUGGUGCUGCAGCUGGGGGAAGGUCUUAGGAAGCAGCUCAAGUGUGAUACUCACAAGGCCUUGAAGUUCCAGGACUGCUUUGAGAUUGUUUCUCCAAGGAUUGGUGCCACAUUUGAACGAGUCCUUCUGAGACUGUCCACGCCCUUUGUGAUCCGGACCAAGCUUGAAAUGUCUGCUUUUGAAAAUAAAGAUAAGGUGAUGGAAAUCAAAGGGCAAAUGAUUCACGUCCCAGAAUCCAACUCCAUUUUGUUUCUGGGUUCCCCUUGUGUGGACAAGCUGGACGAACUGAUGGGCCGAGGACUCCAUCUUUCCGACAUACCGAUUCAUGAUGCUACCCGUGAUGUCAUCCUUGUUGGGGAGCAAGCAAAGGCUCAGGAUGGCUUAAAGAAGCGGAUGGACAAACUGAAGGCUACAUUAGAACGGACGCACCAGGCUCUGGAAGAGGAGAAGAAGAAAACAGUGGACCUCCUCAUUUCCAUCUUUCCAGAAGAAGUGGCUCAGCAGCUGUGGCAAGGGCAUCAGGUUCAGGCCAGGAAGUUUGACGACGUGACCAUGCUCUUCUCGGACAUUGUUGGUUUCACAGCUGUCUGUGCUCAGUGUACUCCCAUGCAGGUGAUCAGCAUGCUCAAUGAGCUCUACACGCGAUUUGACCACCAGUGUGGAUUCCUUGAUAUCUAUAAGGUGGAAACAAUAGGUGAUGCGUACUGCGUGGCAGCCGGUCUCCACCGGCAGAAUCUGAAUCACGCAAAGCCCAUUGCCCUGAUGGCCCUGAAGAUGAUGGAGCUGUCAGAGGAGGUGCUCACACCAGACGGAAGACCUAUUCAGAUGAGGAUAGGGAUUCACUCAGGAUCAGUUCUGGCGGGAGUUGUUGGUGUAAGAAUGCCAAGAUACUGUCUUUUUGGUAACAACGUCACUCUAGCAAGCAAAUUUGAAUCGGGAAGCCACCCGCGCCGCGUCAAUGUCAGCCCGACAACAUACCAACUUUUGAAAAAGGAAGAAAAUUUUAUCUUCAUUCCUCGAUCCCGUGAAGAGCUUCCAGACAACUUUCCAAAGGAAAUCCCUGGGAUUUGUUAUUUCCUGGAGGUCAGAACUGGUCAGAAGCAGCCAAAGUCCUCCGUCACAUCUGCCAGAGUGAGAAAGAUUUCCUACAACAUUGGCACCAUGUUCCUCCGGGAAACGAGCCUAUGAGGCCCGCUGCAGAUCAAAGACUCGUCACAAAAGCACAAGCCCAGAACUGGGUCAUGACAGGAGAAAGGAGAUUCUUUCUGUUUCACUGCAUUGUUCCAAGCAAGCAGUUUAAAAAAAGCUCCGUGAAAAUGUCAGGCAAUAAUUCUUUUUAAAGGUGGGUGACUGCUGUCAGUAA